AUGUUUGUAUCGCCUCGAUGUGAUGAGAUGCUUCUAGGCUCAUGUGGCGCACAGGGCAAGAAGUGGCUUGUUCGGCGACGUCUCUGCACUGCCGCCACGCUUAAACUCAACUCUACCUCAUUACUCUCCAAAACCUGUCCUUCUGGAUGGGAGUCACAAAAUGUGCUCCUGCAUCGGCGGACCCUCGUUCUAUUCAACGAGUUGCAUUCCAAGGGCGAUGGUCUCGAAUUCAAGGCAUGGCUUUCCAGUCCGUCUCUUUGGACUAUAUCGAGCUCUUCAAAUACCACUGAAGACACCGAGUACACUGCAAUAAUGUUUCUUUAUCGGUUGGUUAACCAGAUAUGGGAGAAGGUUGUUUCAGAGUGGAAAAAUAUUGUGGACCAAUGUUCCGACCAUAUCAGGGAUUUAGCAUGCGCCACACAGCUUACACUGGUGAUCAGGAAACCAAAGCCCUGGACAAAACAAUCAAUGUUUUGGGCUUGA